AUGUUCGACUCCAACCCGAACCUGGUCCAGGACCCCAUGCCGGGCACCGCCGCCUCGCGCGCCACCCCGCUCGUCCUCUUCCACGACGGCGGCGGCACCGUCUUCAGCUACUACCUGCUCGAGGACCUCGGCCGCCCCGUCUACGGCAUCGCCAACCCGCGCUUCUACUCGGGCGAGCCCUGGGAGGGCGGGCUGCCCGAGAUGGCCCGCCACUACAUCGGCUACAUCCGCGAGGCCGUCCCGCCGGGCCCCGUCCUCGUCGGCGGCUGGUCCCUCGGCGGGCUGCUGGCGCUCGAGGUCGCCGGCCAGCUCGAGCGGGACCGCGACUACGCCGUCGCCGGCAUCCUCAUGGUCGACAGCAUCUGCCCGCUCAAGUGGCAGCACAUCGACGUGCCCAUCGUCUCGCGCAAGCUCGAGUGGUCGCCGUCCACCAAGGAGGAGACGCGCGUCGCCGUGACGCGCUGCUUCGAGCAGGCCGGCCGCAUGGCCCUCGCCUACCGGCCGCCCGCCUUCCGGGAGGCGCCCCCGCCCGCGAUCCUGCUGCGCGCCCUGGAGCCCGUGCCCGUGCCGGCCUCCGAGGACGGCGGCGGCGGCGGCGGCCUGGGCAUGCUGCGCGUCGACGUGCACCGCACCGACCCGCGGCUGGGCUGGGACGAGUACAGGAAGGACCUGUUCUACCGGAUAGACGACAUCCGGGGCCACCACUUUAGCAUCUUCACCUUUGAGAACCUGGGCGACGUGCACGAGAAGAUGGUCGACGCGUGUCGGACGCUGGAGGAGUUGUCGGAUCUCUAG